AUGAUUAAUGAAUUCUCCAAUGGAUUUGAUGGAGAAGGAAGUUGCAGACAAACGAACAAUGAAAGUGCUGAAGUUAUUGAAUACAAGGUCCUCGGUCAGAAUUUAUUUCAGAAUCCAAAAAAAAUUAAAAUAACUCCAUCAUGGGUCACAUCAGGGACGAAAUUCCCUGCAGAAUUAAGGGAUACGAACUAUGCAGAAUUAGAAGUUAUCUCCGGUUUGCAUCCAUUGUUAUUCGAUUCGGUUCGCCAGCAAAUAAGCAAAUGGUAUCCGGUUCAAAUAUCAGUUCUUCCUCGUCUUAUUGCAGAGUCAAAUCAUAUACCAGUCUUUCCUCCCCGGGAUAUUGUUAUAUCAUCACCAACAGGUAGUGGUAAGACUCUUUGUUAUAUUCUGCCGAUUAUCAAUUCAUUGCAUACCUUCGGUGCUACUUUUUUAACAGCCAUAAUAAUGGCUCCCGUUCAGAAUUUGGUGGUGCAAAUUGCAAAAGAAUUCGGACGAUUUAACGUUUUUAAUAUAAAAUGUGCUAUAUUAUGUGGGAAUCGAGACUUUUCUUCGGAGAAACACCAAGUAAAGAAUGCACAAGUUUUAUUUGUUACUCCUGGUCGUCUUGUUGAACAUAUAGUUGAUAGAAAUUAUCCCUUAGAUUUUUCUCAUCUGAGAUAUCUGGUUAUUGAUGAGGCAGAUCGUAUGACAAAUGAUGCUCGUUUAGAGUGGCUUGGGCCACUGGAAAAUCUUUGCAAAUAUUCGAAUAAAUGGGCAAGCAUCGACGAUAUUUUGAAUGGAAGUGAUUUGCAGAAGAUUCUGGUCUCAGCAACUCUCUCGCAAGAUAUCGAAAAAUUACAUCAAUGGCAGCUACGGAAUCCUAAGCUCUACAGAACUUACUUAUGUCAAACGGAAGAAGUAAAGAUCAGUCAGUGUGAGGAUACGGAUUUCAUUGCGAAUACAGCUGCAGUUCCUUCUACAAUUGAAAAUGAAAUCAUUGUUUGCGAGCCAAAAAUGAAGCCCUUAGCAAUUUUUCUUGAAAUCGAAAAAAUGUCUGAGUGGAAAAAAAUAUUGGUGUUUGCUAAUAAUAAGAUAAUCAGUUAUCGUCUUACAACAUUACUGAAAUUGCUAAAUGGUGGAAAAUAUCAAGUUGAAGAGUUUUCAUCCAAUCUCUUUGGUCACCGUCGUCAAAAAGUUCUCAAAAGGUUUUUAAAAGGCACAACUCGUGUGUUAAUAUCAAGCGACGCUUUAUCGCGUGGAAUAAGCAUUGAAAAUAUUGAUGCAGUAAUUAAUUAUGACAAACCUCGAAACGAAAGACUUUUUAUUCAUCGAGUUGGUAGGACGGGAAGGUGUGGAAAGCGAGGAACGGCCGUGUCGUUUAUUACGCCUUCUGAGGAAAGAAAAUUUAUUAAUCCCAAAGAAUCACUUCUGAUAUAUAUUAUAAUAAUAAAUAAUGGAAUAUUAAUCAGAGUAGCGCUAAAGGAUAUUUUUAUGAAAGUUGGUUGUAAUGCAAAAAGAGAGAGUAAAUUUACGAUGAACAGAGAGGAUAAAUUAAUGAAGAAAUAUCAGAGUGCCCUAUUAGAACUGAAGAAUUUUAUCGAUAAGACCCAUAAGGUGGAAAAACAAAUUAAAAACAAACUUAAAAUAAUUUACGAGUUGAAAAAUUCUAAGACAUUUUCAAAUAAUGGAAGAAAUAAAGAGAAUAAUUUUCUUUGCUUCAAAAAACAAAGGAUGAGCGGUAAUUACUUCAUGAAAGAUUUGGUUUUGGAAAGUUUCUCAUCACAGAUGAAUGUUGAGUGGACAGAAGCUGUACUUUACACCCCUUAUCAGAAACAUCAAGCGCUUUUAUAUGAGUAUGCUGAUGGCGUGGCAGCACAAACCUUCUUGAAAAUGGCUGAUUUGCCAUACAAAUUGCUGGAGAGGCCGAAUGCAGAGUUCAUGUCGCCUACGGGGAAAGUUCCUUUCCUCAAAUUGCAACAACUUCUCAUAUCGGAGUACAUGCCUAUUGUCGAUUUUAUAGCAAAAUAUGGAGUAAGCUUGUCAACCGGGUUGUCGGAUACACAACAAGCUGAUCUACAAGCUCAUAUUGCGAUUAUUGAAGAAAAUUUAAAAAAUAUUGAACUUUACAUAAUGUGGGUAAAUGAAUCAGUCUGGUCGCAAGUAACCUUUAAACGUUAUGGUUCUGUAUAUUUAUGGCCUUUAAACAAGGUUUUACCACAUCUUAAAAAGCGUGAAAUAUUUAAUUUUUUGCGAGCAAUCGGAUGGGACCGUAAAUCACCAGAAUGGAUAAUGGAUUCAGUUGAUAAGAUUUUUAAAUGCCUCUCUUCGAAACUGGGGACAAACAAUUAUUUCAUGGGGUCAUCCCCAACCGAACUUGAUGCAUUAGCAUUUGGCCAUUUAUUCACAAUUUUGACUACAGAAUUACCAUAUACGGAACUUGUGAAUUGUCUCCGUAGAUAUUCUAAUUUGACCGAUUUUUGUAAACGUAUUGACGAGAAAUAUUUUAAAUAA